UAGAAACUCUGCACAGCAAUUUAAUCCAGAGGUGCAAAUUAAUAGAUUUAUAUGACAAUCUGAAGCUAUGAAUAAGACUUCGGGUAAGGAAACCUCCACAGUGAAUAUCACAUACAAACCAUCAGCAAAAGAACCUGCUGUUCCCAAUAACACAAACAAAACAGCUGGAAAAGAAUUCACAGGGGUAUCAACUAAGCGGCCUAAUCAGAAACAACGAAAUCGCCAAAAAGUUACGAAAAUAAUUUCUCCAAAGAAAGUGUACGCAGAAUGCUCCACACAAACCGAGGAGGAAUGCUCAACAGACGUUAAUCAGCUGACAAAAGCGGCUCACAUUAUCUACUCCUUCUGUCAUACAAAUGCAGGUGAACUUUUGCCCAUUGAAAAAGUCUUAGAUGAGUCCUCAAAGAUUCUGCAGGCCCUCGCUCAACUUAGCAAGUCUUUUGACUUCUCGGACAUCCCAGAAUCCAUUCCUUUCACCAAGAAGUUGCGAGAAGAGGUAAAAUCUAUUGAAAAGUGUCACAACCGCUGCAGGGAGCUUGUUUCUUCAGAAGAACUACAGUCCUUCUUGCCAAAAACAAAACUCAAAGGCCUUGGUACACUUGUCCACUGUAAGAUGCUAUUAGAAGAGUUUAAGCUCAGAGAAAGAAAGUUUAGACAAGCUGUGAUAAGUAUUAUAGAAUCUGAAAAUCUGGGACUCAAAAGAGCUGAAAACAUCUUGUCAAAGAUGGACCACAAAGAGCAAAUUCACGACUUGGUGGAUAGUGUUGCAGAAAACCAGAGAAUUUCCAGCAACAAAGAUAAGGAUGAACUGCAUGACCAAUACCGAGAGAUAAGCAUCAAGCAGAAAAACCAAAUCCAGAAACUGGAGAUGAAGUUAGAAAAAUACGAGGAAGACAAAGAAAAGAUAAGGGAUGAGUGCAGAAGACAGGUGAUAGAAAUAGAAAAAGGUCUUAUAUUGUGUAAUCAACAAUGGGAGCGAAAACUGCAGGAACAAUCAAACAAACUGGAACUGUAUGAUUCAGAAAAAACAAAGUUACUAAGAUUACUAGAAGAAGAAAAGCAGAAGAUAGCCCACAGAGAUAUUGAAACCAGAAAGCUUAACAAACUGUAUCACGAAACAAAAGACAAAUUAAAAGAAACGGAAAAAUUAAACUACAACAUGUCAAAGGCCAGGCGAAAGUCCCAUAAAAAUUUAGUUGAUAAAGCAUGCAGCGCUAACCUGAAAGCAGAAUAUACUAGUACCCACUGCCAAACAGAAAAUUCCAUUUCAGUGCCCAAAUCAAACACUUCUGGUUUUAGUUCUAACACAGCUUUGUCUUCAGCUGAUCAACAGAAAAUGAGCUCUCACAAUAAACAUCAAAAUCACUUCCACGGCCCAAUAAAUAAUGUCCAUCUCUAUCAAAUCUUUCCUGAGAGAAGUUCUAAUUCCUCAAUACCUCACAAAGAAUCUGUACAAAGUGGAAAGAGCAGGUCUAGCUCUCGCCUGCAUAUCUCUACAGGAACACGGAGGCAAUCGUUGACCAAUCAAAAUCAAGAACAAAGCGUGACUUUUGAACACCAUGAAGAGACUGAAUUUGUUUAUCGCUCAGAAUCAACCAUGUCUUUUGCAAAUUCUGAUUCUCUACACGGAGACGAUUAUUAAUGACAAACUUAAAAUCAAAUAAUAAGAGUUAUCUCCCUUUCUUCCUUCCAUGUCUUGAAAUCUGUGCAAGCUAGCAGAAAGCAUGAACAGGUGUGAAUUUUAGUGAAAUAAUAAUUUUCUUUGACUGACCUUUGAUGUAGAAGUCAAUCCUAUUGUAAAGAUGAAAUGAUACAUUGAAAUCAAUUAAAUAUAAAUGCUUAAACAACAAGCAUAAAUAAUCAUUUAUAUGU